GCCACUCAGCGCGUUCCGCCCUCUUUGCGCGCACACACACUAGAGCGAUGAUGGCCGGCAGACUGCACGGCUGGAGCUGGGCGGUUCUUCUCCAGCUCCUUCUUGGCAUGAACCUGAUGGUGAUGCCACUCACCCAGGCCCGGAGUCUGCGCUUCGUUACCUUGCUUUACCGACAUGGAGACCGUUCACCAGUGAAGACAUAUCCCAAGGACCCCUAUCAGGAAGAGGAAUGGCCCCAGGGGUUUGGUCAACUAACCAAGGAAGGGAUGCUACAGCACUGGGAGCUGGGCCAGGCUCUGCGGCAGCGCUACCAUGGCUUUCUAAACACCUCUUAUCACCGUCAGGAGGUGUAUGUGCGAAGCACGGACUUUGACCGUACUCUCAUGAGUGCUGAGGCCAACCUGGCUGGACUCUUCCCUCCCAAUGGGAUGCAGCGGUUCAACCCUAACAUAUCAUGGCAGCCUAUCCCUGUUCACACUGUGCCCAUCACUGAGGACAAGCUGCUGAAGUUUCCAUUGGGCCCGUGUCCGCGUUAUGAGCAGCUGCAGAAUGAGACUCGGCAGACACCAGAGUAUCAGAAUGAGAGUAUUCGGAAUGCACAAUUUCUGGACAUGGUGGCCAAUGAGACAGGACUUACAGACCUGACUCUGGAGACUGUCUGGAAUGUCUAUGACACACUCUUCUGUGAGCAAACCCAUGGGUUACUCCUGCCACCCUGGGCCUCACCCCAAACCAUGCAGCGUCUGAGCCAGCUAAAGGACUUCAGCUUCCGCUUCCUCUUCGGGAUCCAUGAGCAGGCAGAGAAGGCCCGGCUUCAGGGGGGAGUCUUGCUGGCUCAGAUACGGAAGAACCUGACCCUAAUGGCAACUACCUCCCAACUCCCUAAGCUGCUGGUGUACUCUGCGCAUGACACUACCCUUGUUGCUCUGCAAAUGGCACUGGAUGUCUACAAUGGUGAACAAGCCCCCUACGCCUCCUGCCACAUAUUUGAACUCUGGGAAGAUAAUGGGAAUUUCUCGGUGGAGAUGUACUUUCGGAAUGAAAGUAAGAAGGACCCCUGGCCACUGAUCCUGCCUGGCUGCUCUCUACGCUGCCCACUGCAGGACUUCCUUCACCUCACAGAGUCCGUUGUGCCCAAGGACUGGCAGCAGGAAUGCCAGCUGGCAAGCAGUACUGCAGACACAGAGGUGAUCGUGGCCUUGGCCGUCUGUGGCUCCAUACUCUUCCUUCUCAUAGUGCUGCUCCUCACCGUCCUCUUCCGGAUGCAGGCCCAGCCUCCUGGCUACCGCCACAUUGCAGAUGGGGAGGACCAUGCCUGACAACCACUCAGCCCCCUUCCCUCUGCCUCCUAGGGGAGGUGGGCUGGGCCCUGUUCCUGACUGUUACUGCUCCUCAGCCUAUGGACAGGAGACCCUGGGUUGGGCCUCCUUAAUUACACCAGCCCAGACGAGCAAGUGGGGCUCGGCUUGGCCCACGGUACCUGUUCUCUCGGCAUUCACAUGCCUGAUGUUCACCAAGUACUGUUGGACAUUGGCUUUCUCCAAACAGGAUUUGCCUCUUCCAUAUUCCCCAAGGACCUGAGAUGUAGACAAGCAUUCGGGUUUCACUCAGGACCUGGGAUAAAAAAAACUGAAGGAGUCGGUGCUUGAUCCGCCUUGCUCUUCCACCAAGCCCUGCUCUUUAUCUUCCAGCCUGGAGUCUUUGGCAAAUGGGUCAUCGGACAUCAUCUUGCCUCUCAGUGCUUAUUUAGAGGGAAAAAUUGCACAACUCUGGGGGUACACAACAUUUGCUACCAAGGACCUGGAUCCCCCAACAACCAGCCAACCAAGUUUUCCUUUGUCCAGCUGAAGCUACCAUUAGUCUCAAUGGUUCAGGCACUUCUGUCACCCCUUGGUGACUUGAGCAGGUCUGGAAGGGGGUUUGUAUUAUACUGGGGAGGGAGUUGGGGGAGGUGGGAGGGAGCAGAUCAUAUAGAAUCAUGAAAAUACUCCCUCAGCUGGAUUGGGCUCUCCAGGGACCUGAGGUAAAUGUAGGUGGUGAACUGGAUAGCUCGACUAGCACAGAAUAAGGCUGAGGUAGCUCCCAGAGAAUGAA